GGGCGCCCCUCUCCUCCACCCCACAAUACACAGCGACACCUCCCAUUCCAAUCCACGCACAUCAGCCGCGAAGCAAGCACUGAACUUGCUCCAUAACCUUCGAAGCUAACUCUCCCCUCCUGCCACUCCUCCCAUCACACUCCUCUCUGAGUCCCCACAUCCAUCCUAUCCUAAAUUUGCCCCAUCGCCCAUAACCAUCGGAAUUCCCUCUCGCCAGCCUCUCUCCAACGGACGAAUCGCGGCGGCGCUGUUGCGCGCUCUAAUCUCGGACGUCACAUUGCGAGCAUUCUAGAGCGCGACACGGGAACCUACAGCCGCCGGCGAUCCAUGCUCGUGCCGCAUUGAUCAACAGCGUUAGAAACUAGCUGCCAUUAGCGGCCUCAGAUACGCACCGAGAGCCAUGGAUCUACUCCCCAUUACCCACCUUCAAGUUCCUUCCUUCUCCGAGGAAACUCUACUAGAGUAGCGACCCAAGGCAUUAGCGCGCCGCCACCACCGCCGCCGCGGCCGCCGCCUGCGUCACGGAAUCUGCUCUCCGCUUUGCUAGCGAUCCGGCAUUCUGCGGAAUAUAAGAUCGCCUCGUUGCUCUUCAGCCAGCUUCUUAGGCGCGCAAGCAGCGGCCGCUCGACUACUCAUCAUUUCAGGAAAGGGAGGGGGGGGGCUUGCCGAACCGGUGGCCGGGAAUCGCGCCUGGCUGGCGCGGAUGCCGUAGCAAGGCUUGCGAGCCAUCAUCUCGACCGCUGAGAUCGCGAAAGAGACCAAGUGAUCAUGAGUCAUGGCGCUUUUCAGAAGUACUCAUUCGUCAGAGGCAACUCGUCGAGUCCAACUCGGAGGAUCCAGGGCCGUCGCCUCGCGUGGCCAUUACUAGUAGUAGCCUACUGAGGAGCCUACUGAGGAGCUGCUGCCCUGUGUGAGAUAAUAAUCUAGUUUCCAGACGUCUCGAAACUCGGAGGAUCCAGGGCCGUCGCGUGCUGAAGAGGUGCUGUUCUCCGCGCCGCGUCGCGCCAAGUGGUCGGCUGGAGCGACCGCCGAGCGGCAUUUGGCCAGACCAACUCCGAGUCCGAUCAUUGGUAGACGGGCAUACUACUAGUAGGAUCUGCUGCUGGUUUCCAGUCAGAAUCGGAGAAGCCGCGUUCGUCCGAAAGUGGGGCGAAUUCGCAGGCCCUUCUCCCGUCGCCCGUCGCCCGUCGCCCGUCGUCGGAGCCUUGGGGCCCUGAGUUGGAUCCGACGUGCGCCGAUCCGCAACAGCGGGUGUCCCGUGUUUUCGGAACGCGCCAUCACUACCCUUGCGGUCACAGCGACGUUAUUUAUUGGAAUUCCGGGGUUUUCGGGCUUGCGAACUCGAGCGUUGGCAGCCGACGUCAGCGUGACCUGUCGGCGCGGGCGUUCUUAGUCAACUACGGAGUAGUACUGGCAUUACUAGUAUUACUCGCCCUAGAUUCCCGUCUAUAGCCUGCCAGGCUGUAGGGCUGCUAUAGUCCUGUCCCGCGCUAUGACUGUGCGGAGCACGUGCGCCAACCAGCAACUGGCGGACGGUUUGGCGGCGGACUCGUGGCCGAUCAGGGUAGUACCGGCGGAAGAAACCGCAGGCGCAGGCUCGGGCACAGGCGGCGGAAGCGCGGCUGCGGCCGCAGGCGCGCGCAGUUGCGCGGGCGCGGGGGAGAGAGCCGGCCGGGACGCGGAGGCGUGGGCGGAGAGACCUGGCGCGUUGGGGGGGGAAAGCCGAGGUGCUGGAGACGUGGAUGUGGCCGCGUCUUGCGGGCUGAAGGACACGUGGCAGCGUGGGAGCAAGCGGCGAGCCGCACUAAUGGAUCUGACGAACGUGACUGUGCUCGAUGGUGACAAUAGCGGGGACGGCGGGGCCGGUGCGGAUGACUGUGGCGGGGAGCGCAAGGGGAUGCAGAGGGAGGGGAGGGAUCGAGAUGGAGGGAUCGCGAUUGGGAGGGGCGUCGGAGCACGAGAAGGAAUCGAGGGGGGAGGAGGAGGAGGAGGAGGAGGAGGAGGAGGAGGAGGAGGAGGAGGAGGAGACGAGGCAUGGCGUGCGGCGGACCACAUGAGGUGUUCGGCCAAGAGAGCACGGGUUGACCCGCCGUCGCCCCUCCCAUUGCGGGGGUCGUGGGGCGCCGUGCCACACGACGGAGCACGUCAACACGCGCACCCGGCGGCAGCAGCAGCAGACGCAGCAGCAGCAGCAGCAGCAGCAGCAGCGGUGGAGGUAACAACAGCAGCUAUUCCAGCACCAGAAGCAGCAGCAGCAGGGUCAGCGCCCCGCCAUGUUUUUGUGUUCGGCAGAAGCAUCUCAACCCUCCACUCCUCCCGCCUCUCCCCCUCCCCCCUCCCCGCCUGUCCGCCUUAUACGGUCCCUCCUCCUCUCCCCCAUUGGGCAUCGCAUCCUGCCUCACCUGCUGCUGCAGCCUCGGCUGUAGCAGCGAGAGCAGGCGUAUCAGAGGGCGGCGCAGGCGCGUGUGCAGGGGGAGCAGCAGCAGGAAUGGGGGGGCGGCAGUGGCUGGAGUACUGCCUGCUAGCUCCGGACGAAAAUGCCCUUAGCCCUCUGGCGCUCGCCGCUGGAAGGGGAACGGGGGCGGGGGUGGGGGCAGGGGUAGGGGCGGUAGCGGGAGCAGGAGCGGGGAGGGGGCACGGGGAAAGGCAGUGUGUUACUGGUAGGAGUAUGGAUGGGAAUGGGGUGUGUGAGCGGGAUGGGUGCAGCUGCAGACCUUCUAGCGCUGAGCAGAGAGUGGGCGGUGGGAGAGAGGGAGGGGCUGCGAGUAGGGAAGGAGACGGACGCGUUGCCACUGGGAUGGCCACGUGGAGACACGUGGGAUGCCCGAGUGAGAGGGAGUGUGGGGGAGAGAGGGAAGGAGAGGAGAGGAGAGUAGUCCGGGAGGAGAGUGGGUGUGCAGAGGAUCGGUCAGGUGAGAGCGAUGCAGAGGCGAUGCUGAGACAGAGUGCGGUGGUGGAAGGUGUGUGCGCGGGAGGGGCAGACAGGCAAGAGGGGGGUACGACAGGGGCAGAAAGGGCGGAGGGGGGGUGUGAAGAGGAGACGAGAUGGGAGGAGAGCGACGAGAGGAGCGGGGGUGGUGACGAGAUGGCUCAGGGAGUGGGUGCAGAGAGGGGUGAGGAUGAGAGAAGGGCAGGCGAGGAGGGAGUAGUGUGUGGGGUUGUGAGUGGGGGUGUGAGUGGGGGUUUGAGUGGGGGUUUUAGUGUAGGUGUGGAGGCAGAGGGAGGCUGCGCGCCCUUGGAUGGCUGUGCGCACAAAUCGACUGGCAUGCCCAAUGGGGGGGUACUGGGGGUGGGGGGCUCAUCAGCGCAGGAAGGAGCGGCACAGCAGAGGAGGGAUGGCUCGGCAGAGGAGGAGAGGGAGGAGGAGGAGGAAGGAGUGGAGUGUGGGCGCAGGUGGUUGCAGUCCCUGGAAAGGAGGACGGCUGCAUGCUCCCUGCGUGCUGCACCUGCAUGUGCGUCGUCGCCGCCGCACAGCCACUCGCACUGCCCUGCCGCCCUUGGCACCUCGGAGCAACCGCCCCCUGUGCUGCCGCCCCCAGUCGCCAUCGACAUCGACAGCAACCACAGCGACCCGCAGCUCUGCGCGCCCUACGCUGCCGACAUCCACGCGUACCUCAGGGUCGCUGAGAGGCGGCACGAGCUGUCACUGCCGCUGUUGUCAGGCGGGGCGGGGCAGGGAUCCCAGGGUUCGGGGGACAUCAGCGCUGGGAUGCGCGGCAUUCUGAUGGACUGGCUGGUGGAGGUGGCGGAGGAGUACAAGCUCGUGCCCGACACGCUCUUCCUCACCGCCGCCUACAUCGACCGCUUCCUCUCCAAAACCACUGUCACACGCAACCACCUGCAGCUCCUCGGCAUCGCCUGCAUGCUCAUCGCCUCCAAGUACGAGGAGAUCUACGCGCCGCAGGUGGACGAGUUCUGCUACAUCACGGACAACACGUACCGCCGCCACGAGGUGAUCGAGAUGGAGUGGCGCGUGCUGCUGCAACUCAACUUCGCCCUCGCCACGCCCACCACCAAGAGCUUCCUCAGGAGAUUCAUUCGAGCGGCACAAGUCACUCUACAGGCCCCAUCCCUGCAUCUGGAGUUUCUGGGAAACUUCUUUGCGGAGCUCACCUUGCUGGACUGCGCGUGCCUGUGCUUCCUGCCGUCGCAAGUCGCCGCUGCUGCCGUCUUCCUGGCCAAGCUCACCCUCUUCCCCUCCAAACCCCUCUGGACGCCCACCCUACAGCACUACACGGGGUACAGGGCGUGUGAGCUGGAGCAGCCGGUGCGGGCACUGCAUGCGCUGCACGUGGCAGUGCCGUCCAGCUCCCUGCCGGCCGUUCGAGUCAAAUACAGCCAAACCAAGUUUCAGUGCGUGGCGUCCAUUCCCCCAGUACCCCUUGCCGUCCUCACCGCCGCAUUCUCCCCACCUGCUGCCACCUGACCCCCACCGCCCACCCUCCCCCCCUGGCUUCUCUUGCUGCUGCCCUCGCUUGCUGCCCUCCCACACGCCGUGCAUGCCAACAAACACACCCACACACACACCACACACACACACAACACACACACACACACACACACACACACACAACACACACACACACACACACACACACACACACACACACAAACACACACACACACACAUGCACCCACCCACUCAAACGCGCUUGCCCAUGCACACCUGCAUGCGCACGUGUACCCCCCCCUCUCCCCCUGCCACACACACACACACGUAUGCACGUAUAUGCAUGUGCAAACCUGCACGCACCCCUCUUGAAUAUACAUCUUUGGAGCGCUUGGAGGAGGCAGGCUACUGGUACUCGCAGCUGCAGGAGCUGGAAGGGCCCACAAGCCCGUUUGGCAGUCAGCAGUUGUGCAGGGAGAAGGGGGGGGAAGAGGGGGGGCAAUCUCCUUUUCUUGCCAAGUUGCUACAAGGUACAGUGCCUUGGUAGUAACGCAUCGUCCUGUUGUCUCAUGUAAUUUGUGCUGUGAGAGUCUUAUCCGGAGCACUAAAGAUGUGUUGAAAUUAGAGGAUAGACCCAUGUUUUGACUCAUGCAGUAGUUGCUUUUAUAAGCUUGCGUGCACCAGCUGGAAGUAACAGAUCCAACAUACAAGGCAUGAGCAGAAUACACCUGACCCGACCCGACUUUUUGGCCGGGUCUGGUAGAGGUUCUGGGGCCCCCAAAUUGCCGAACUGUAUAGGGUUACCUCUUAGAGGGUACAACACUUAGGUAUACUUGUGUGUACUCUCACUUUACAAUCUAUUCAAUUCUCAUUUCUGAUAUGGUAUCACGCGUAGACUGUAUAGGGUUACCUCUUAGAGGGUACAACACUUAGGUAUACUUGUGUGUACUCUCACU